GGAACUAAUUGAAAUUUUGGCAAUUUCAAGAAACCAGAAGCUUCCACAACCAGGAGAGGAGAGCCAGAUCUUGGAACUGCUGAUUCAGAGAGAUGGAGAGUUUCAAGAGCUAAUGAAGUUGGCAGUUGAUCAGGGGAAAAUCCAUCAUGAAAUGCAGCUUUUAGAAAAGGUAGUAGAAAAGAGGGAUAAUGAUAUUCAGCAGCUGCAGAAACAACUAAAAGAAGCAGAGCACAUACUGGCAACAGCUGUUUAUCAAGCAAAGGAAAAGCUGAAAUCAAUUGAAAAGGCAAGAAAAGGUGCCAUUUCCUCUGAAGAAAUAAUUAAAUAUGCCCAUAGGAUCAGUGCUAGCAAUGCUGUUUGUGCCCCUCUGACAUGGGUGCCAGGGGACCCACGUAGGCCAUAUCCUACAGAUCUGGAAAUGAGAAGUGGUCUCUUGGGUCAGAUGAACAACCCAUCCACCAAUGGAGUUAAUGGACACUUACCAGGGGAUGCACUUGCAGCAGGCAGGUUGCCAGAUGUGCUCGCUCCUCAGUAUCCUUGGCAGUCAAGUGAUAUGUCAAUGAACAUGCUACCUCCUAAUCAUAGUAAUGACUUCAUGUUGGAGCCUCCAGGACACAAUAAAGAGAAUGAAGAUGAUGUAGAAGUUAUGUCAACAGACUCCUCGAGCAGCAGCAGUGACUCAGACUAGGUACAAGAGGGACAGUAUCCCUAGUAGACCUUUCCUGUGGUGAAGGUAGGUUGGAUGCUGUUUGCCACAAACUGCAAUAUCCUUUUGUUAAGCUGGCAGCCCUGUGUAUAGGGAGAAGAAAACAGCUGGCUCAGAAAUAGGGCGACUAAUUUAAAACCAUGGACUUCAGAAAUUUUUUUCCCAUUAGAUGGUCAAUUAAAAUGACUGGGUGCUUUCUGCUGGAGAAGAGAUGUCAGAUUUCCAAUGAUUAUGUAAAUGUGUGAAUGCGUAUGUUUGCAAGAGAUGCCUGUGUAUACACAUAUAUUUACUAUACAUUAGAUGACAAAAGUUCCUGGGAAAAAAGGUGUAAGGGGAAUCCCCUUGUAUGUUUGUUAGUAACUUUACUCUUUUGAUGAUAGCCUUUUCUAUGGCACAGAAAUGAGAUGUGAAAUUUGUAAUUUUAAUAUUUUUUUGUUACUGCUUAAAUACAUGUUCUUGAUGAUCUGUGUGCCGAGAA